AUGGACGAUGAGAAAUAUUUCACAUUGUGCAACUCUGAGAUGAAGGGCAAUGAUGGCUUCUACACGGACAAUUAUGUGAAUGUCCCUGAUGAUGUGAGAUUAAAAAGUAAAAAAAAGUUUGAGGACAAAAUUUUCGUAUGGUGUGCCAUUCCUGAGGCUGGCUUUAUCUCACAUACUUACAUUGGCGUUGUUCGGGGUGAAGCCUUAAAUGCAGAGCUGUAUAUCGAGAAUUGUCUCCCUAAACUUCUUCAGUUUUUGAACACGCAUCAUGUGGAUGACGAAAUAAUAUUUUGGCCGGAUCUCGCUUCAUGCCAUUACGCGAGAAUCACAAGGGACUGGUAUGAAGCGAACAACAUCAACUUUGUACCGAAAGUAGACAAUCCCCCUAACCUACCUCAGGCUCGCCCAAUCGAAGAGUUCUGGGCAAUAUUGAGUAGGAAAGUCUACAAUAACGGGUGGGAAGCACAAAACGAUGAACAAUUGCGACGCCGUAUAUUCAGAAAAAUUAGAGAAAUCGACGCUCAAGUUGUCCAAAGGAUGAUGCAACGCGUCAGCGGAAUUCUUAGGCAAAUCGAAAAUAACGGUCCCUUGUCCACUGUUUGA